UCUCACUCUUAAGAAAUCAAAAAGACUUGAGGAUGAAGAUGGUUGGAUCAAAGGGUGUAUCAGUAUUGUUGGUGUUGUUGAUAGUGGUGAGAUCCUUUGGGGCAGAGGGACAAAACAGUCAAUGUACAAGCACCUUCUUCUCUGCUCUUGUGCAGCUCAUUCCUUGCAGGCUAGCAGUGGCUCCAUUCAGCUCUGUUCCUCCAAGUGAUGCCUGCUGCAAUGCCCUCAAGGCCUUAGGGCAGCCCUGCUUGUGUGUCAUUGCCAAUGGCCCUCCGAUCUCCGGCGUAGACCGGAAUAUGGCCUUGCAGCUCCCGGAGAGAUGCACUGCAAACUUCGAGCCAUGUGAUAUCAUGAAGUGAAGAGCAGCAUGAAAGCUAUUAUUAAUAAUGUUUUUAUCUUUGUUUUUUUUUUUUUGGGUGUACUUCACCGAAGAAUUAUCGCGAUAAAGAGAUAGAUGUUGGCGAGGAUUAUUAUGUGCUAAACUUUUAAGUUCCAGUCUAUGUUGUACCCUGUAAUUUCGUUCAACUAUGAUUUGCUGAAUUAUAAUUAUAACAUAGAAAUAUAGAAAUGGGACAGAUUUAUGCUGCUUUCGUUCGGAUUAAA